AUGGAAAGUGGUUGGGUUGGUACAGUUGGACCUAUUCUGGUCAGAGCUCUUGAAGAAAUAAAGCAGUUCGCAUCCAGGAAUGACUGGACAGCUAAAGAUCCAGCUGACGGAGUCCAAUAUUCUUCCCGUCCUCACGACGACUGGCCUAUGAUAAAAGCUGUCGCUGAAAUCCAUGCCCCACCUGAAGCCAUUGUCCAGUUCUUCAGAAACGUAAAUAACAUCGGCCAAUGGAAUGACAAGCUCAAGAACGUCCACAUUGUCCACGAAAGCGGACCUCUCAAGCUAAUUAAGUCCCAAAUGAAGGCAAAAUGGCCAAUGGAUGAUCGUGAAACCCUUUACGCCCAAACAGAGUUCGUUGAAAAUGAUGGGAACACUGUUUUCCUUAUUGAAAAAAGCGUAGAAUUGCCUGAUGUCCCAGUUGAGAAAAAACAUGUGAGAGCUCACUUGAUUUACAGCGGGUACAUUUUGGAAAGAUUGGAGCCGAGUAGAACGAGAGUUACUUAUAUUGUACUUUUCAAUCCAGAAGCAAGCGUUCCUGGAGCAGCAAAGGAAAAAAUGCAAAUGCAAAAUGCAGCCAGAAUUGGAGUUGCCAAGAGAACCUUAGGGUAG